ACAUACGAACGAGUUAACAAGUUACAAAGAGAAAGUGGAAUUUGCGGGAAAUCGAACUGAUUCACAACUUAGGCGAAAAGAAAAGAAGAUAACUCAGAAUGGACACUACUCCUGAAUCCACAGACAAUGAGGAUGAAGAGGACUGGAUGGCCAUUAACUGGGAUAGUAAUUUUACCUCUGGAACAAAAGAGCUCUGUAGCAAGAGCUGCCCAGAUGGCAGUGGCCAGUCUGUGUCAGAUUUGCCAAACACUAAAGAUACAGCAAAGAAUUAUACAAAAUCAAAUGAGGCAUUAAUGUCCAGGAUGCUUCUGAACGACAACAAAGCAGGCAUGACAGGAUUCGACAAAGAACGAAUUAACCAGAUAAUAUUUGAGGCAUCCAAAGGAUCGAAAUUUUUUGAAAAUGAAAGAAAAAAAGAGGAGCAAGUCACAAAAAGGAUUGAAGAGCAAAAACAGAAAAUGAAGGGCAUCACUCAAGAGCACCUGGAUUUAGCUGAAAAGGAAGCUGAUCUGCUACUGGAAGAAUUUGACAGAUUGAGAGACCUAAGUAAGACCAUCAUACAUAUUGACAUGGAUGCUUUCUAUGCUGCUGUGGAGAUGAGAGACAACCCAGCACUGAGAGACAAACCUAUGGCUGUUGGAAGCAAUUCAAUGCUGUCAACCUCCAAUUACCAUGCCAGAAAGUUUGGUGUUAGAGCAGCUAUGCCAGGAUUUAUCGGUAAGAAGUUGUGCCCUGAGCUUGUCAUUGUCCCAACUCACUUUGACAAAUACACGUCAGUAAGCAAACAGGUCAAGGUGAUUCUUGCAACGUUCGACCCCGACUUUUGCACCGUCAGUUUGGAUGAAGCGUACUUGGAUUUCACAGAUCACAUGAUGAAACGCAGUGGCUUGUCGGAUAAGGAGCGGACAGUGAUUUGUCGCAAGUGUGACAGCUUUGACAAGAGCUUUUGCUUAUGUGAUUUAAAUGAGACAUUUGGUGUGACCUUGAGUGAAGAUGGAACACAAGAGAUCAAGGUCAAGGCUACUAAUGUUUGUACUGAUUGUGGGAAGCCUGUUCCAGAAUUUGAAAUUGUAACAUUUGGAACAACUCUAGAAGAAGCUGUAAAGGAAAUGCGAUGCAGGAUUCAUCAAAAGACUUGUCUAACAGCAAGUGCAGGUAUAGCUCCAAAUAUGAUGCUGGCCAAAGUGUGUUCUGACAUGAACAAACCUAAUGGUCAGUAUAGGAUCCCAUCUACAGUGGAGGCUGUUUUGUCCUUCAUUAGGGAACUGCCCAUUAGAAAGAUUAGUGGCAUUGGAAAAGUCUCAGAGAGGAUGCUGAAUGCUGUGGGAGUUAGGACAUGUCAGGAUCUCUAUAAAAAGAGAGGACUUCUCUACCAUCUCUACUCGCAAAUUUCAUUCAAUUACUUUAUGAGAAUCUGUGUUGGGAUAGGAUCCACAUCUGUGGAAAGAGAUGGAGAAAGGAAAAGCCUGAGUACUGAAAGAACAUUCCCUGAGAUAAGCACCCCUUCAGAACUAUACAGUAAAUGUCUGGAACUGUGUCAGGCAUUGUCUGAAGAUCUUCAAGCAGAGGAGCUAAAGGGGAAAACUGUGGCUAUUAAGAUAAAGACUGUCAAGUUUGAUGUCAAGACUCGAGCAUGCUCACUCCCAGACUACACCAGUGAUGCUGAAGUUAUAUAUGUAGCUGCCAAAGAUCUUCUGUGUAAAGAGAUAAAGAAUGUACAUCCACAACCUCUACAAUUAAGACUCAUGGGAGUUCGAAUGAGUUCUCUCGUGAAUCAAAAUUUGGUGGCAAACAAGAAAAAGCAGAACACUUUGAUGCAGUUUGUGAAAAAAGAAGAAAAGGCUGGAAAAAGUGACACGCAACAGUGGGUAGAGAAGUGUUCGGAUGAAAUGGAAAAAGCUGAUGGAAAAAAAACCCAGUGUUCUGAAGAACCCUUUCAUAAUAGUGAACGAAAUUCACGCGUUUAUGUAGAACAGAUUAACUCGUGUCAUUCUGAUUAUAUUGGGGAGGAUAGAACAACUGAGAAUAGCCAUUUUGUUUCAGAAGAUGGAGACAUAAUGCAGAAAUGUGAUUUACAAACUUCAACCUCUGUGACAAAACAUGCAGAAGAUACAUUAGGUACGAUUUGUAUUAAAACAUCUGAGAAUGGAAACCCACAAGAAGAAAGAAUGUUAUCAGAUGACCGCAAUGCUAAUGCAUAUUCUCAGGAGGAAGAGUGUAAGACAGUCUGGUAUACCUGCCCUGUAUGUAGGGAUGAGGUUGGCUGUAGUGACCUUCAUGGCUUCAAUCAUCACAUUGACACUUGUUUAAGCAGAUCUCUGGUAAAAGAAUGCUCACAAUAUCGACCAGAAGAAGACACUCCAAGAAGUCAAAAGACUAACAGGAAGGCAGUUACUCCCAAGUAUAAAAGUACCUCAUCUAAUAAACUGAAAUCUAGCUUGAAAACUCCACAUAAAACAUUGAUUCCUAAACCACUAGAUCCUGGACCUCCACAGUCAGAUGAAAGACCUAGCAUAUCAAAAACUCAGAAUAAUGUUAAUUUAAACUCUACUGUUGAUAAAUUAGGAGGAUCUGAAGGAUGUAAAGGAACUGAAACUCUUGUGUGUCCUGUGUGUUUCAUGGAACAGACCAGCGUAGAUUUAGAUGCCUUUAACCAGCAUGUGGACAGCUGCCUGUGUAAGGGGACCAUCACCGAGAUCUUAAAAGAACAAAAACAGGACAACAAAAGGUCAUUAGAGAUGCAAGGAACACAGGGGUCAGUUGUGAAACGAAAAAAACAGGAAAGUGGUCCAAAGAGCCAGAGCAUAGCUUCAUAUUUCCAAAUGAACACUUAAAGACAUGUAUUUCAUUAAUCAUUGUGUAUAGUCGAUGAGCGUAGUAUAUAUUACGGUCAUCAAAAAAUGGCAGCUGACCUCAUUGGUAAGAAUUUUAUAAUCAUGAUUUCAAACGAUUGAAUAUUUAUUUGCUUCAUUUUACAGUAAUUAUCAGUACCCAGUGGAGUAUUUUUAAUGUUAAUAGUCACUGUAGUUUACUCCAAAGCAAGCUUAUUUAGCAAUAAAAUGACCAUCAAGCUUUGUAGUAUGAUGACCGUAACAAAUGUUUAUAAUGACGGUAUACUCCAAUUUUGAAUUGAUAUUUAAGAAGUGAAGGUGACCUUUGUACGAAAAAGCCACUGUUGCUGGUUUAGUUUGCGGAGUAGUCAUGAUGCACUUAACCAAGACUACUUUGACCUCUUCAAAAUGCAUUUUAAUUGAUUUUAAUGCAUAGCAAGUAAAUUGAAUUUAUAAUAUACGGUCAUCAUAUUCAUGAUUUACGGUCUUCGUUAAAACGAUAAACAUUGUAUGUUAUGGUCAUCAUACUACAGAACUGGAGGUCGUUUUAUCGAUAGAUAAGCUUGCUUUGGAGAACACUACAGUGACUAACAUUAAAGGGGCAUGGACACGAUUUGAGGUGAAAUUUUUCAAAUCUUGUUUUUCCAUUUGCAUGGGAGAUACAGAACUCACAAUUCGUUUUGUUUAAAGCUGUUUUUAUCAAUUUAUAAGUUAAUUCUGAACACAAUUUAAUAGUUUCUAGUGUUUGGCACAUCUCAUUUUUUUUUUAUGCAUGCUAUUUUCUAUUAUUAAGCAAUCUAUAUGUAAACAAAAACUUGGCACGAGCCUUGUUUACAUAACAUAUCAAAGAAUUGUGAGUGCUGUAUCUCACUUGUAACUCAACAACUGAUAUUCAAAUUUUGGUUGACCAUUAGUCUAAGAAAUAGUUUAGUUAAGCAUUGUAAACAAGAAGAAUGAAAUUUGAAAAUUUUCAGCUCAAAUCAUGUCCAUGCCCCUUUAAGAAUACUCCACUGACUAAAUGAUAAUUAUCGUAAAAUGAAUAUUCAGUCAUUUGAAAUCGUGAUUAUAAAAUUCUCAUCAACGAGGUCAGCUGCCAUUUUUUGAUGACCGUAAUAUAUACUACAGUCAUUGGCUUGUCCACAGUGAUUAAUCACACCAAGCAUAGAAAAACGCUUUUUAUGCUGCCGCCAUGAAAUGGGUGGGGCAUAUAGUAUUACCUUUACCCAUCAUUCAUUUAGGAAGAGUCGAGACACUUGGACUAAUCUACACUCCCCCCCCAAAAUAAAAUAACAAGUGAAAAACCACUUAUAUUCCAUAUAAACGGUUGAAAUAUUUCGUAGUAUCCAUGAAGGUCGGGACAAUAUUGUACAUAGAGGGUGCUACAUCAAAGUCUAGAGUUUGAAUAUUACCCCUCUCCUACAGGUACAUGUAUUGAAUACUCCAUAGUGCAUGUUUUAAAUUGCAAUCCUUUUAAAAUAACCAGUAACUGAAUGAAGUUGAUUCAGAAGAUUUAAUAAAGGGUUCCCCCAUGUCAUGAAUAGCAGAUGUUUUUAUGCGUCCAUCAAUACUGUACAGUUACAGCAUUCUGAUGAGGUCAAUACAUGUUUUUAAUUGACCUGAUGAGAGGACACAUAUUGACUGAGGAUGAAGUCCAAGGUCAAUAUACUUUCACUGGGUCAAUAAAAACAUCAAAUAUUAGGAGUUUUGAUACUCUUUAAUUGGUUCAGACAAUCUUUUCUGGUGUGGACAUCAGAGUGAGUUCACCUCAGUAUUUACUUUUGGAGAUUUAUUCAGGAUCUCCCUCUUGAUCAAGGAUAGAGUUGCUGAUAAACUUAUCGACCAAUCAAACUGAGCAUUUUAAAACCAUAUAUAGUUAAAUCAGCAGUGAUUGACUAUUGAUGAGAAUUGACUUGGUGUCAAAGCAGGGCCGUAAAUUACAUGGAGGCGGAGGAGGCAGCUGCCUCCUCCAACUUUUGAGCCAAAAAAAAUUAAAAUUUAAAGUUCAUCAGAAUUUAUGUUGUUUCCAAUAACCAAGAACAUGAUACCUCCCUUAAAAAGCAUUCCAAAUCUUUCUUUUAGAAUGAGUUAGUCAAGUAACAUCUUAGAAAAGGAAAAGAAAACACACACAUCCCCCCCCCCCCCAAAAAAAAACAACCCCACCAUAAACAACAAACAAACCGAAGGAUUUGAAACUCGGAAUUACCAUUUGAUUAUUGAGAAUUUUUUCCUUAUUAAUUAGUACCUAAUGUAAAAAUGUUCAUUUAUAUCAUAUCGGUUUAGUUCUUUGAAUUUUAUUAAAUUGUUCCAGUUUGCAUAUAUAUUGGGUGAACAAAUCAAGCAAUGAUGAAGCUAUAAUUCCAUGCCAUCGUCCCUGUAACUGGGCGUUUUUAUCAUUAGUUCUUACAUCGUCCCGGUAACUGGGCGUUUUUAUCAUUAGUUCUUACACCGUCAUCGUCCCGGUAACUGGGCGUUUUUACCAGGAGUUUAUAUAUCGUCAUCGUCCCGGUAACUGGGCGUUUCUACCGAGAGUUUUUUAUAUCGUCAUCGUGAUAUAUAUUUUUAAUGAUGCACUAGAAGCUAAAUUGGAUUUACUUUUCUGGAAAUCAUUUUAAUUGAAAAUUUUCACAAUAUUAUGCAGAAACUGUGACAUACUUUGCCAAUCAAUCAUAGAUACUAAAGUGAUUUUUUUCUGUAUUGUACUGAUUUUUUCUGGUUUGGGUGGUUGUAGUUCAUGGGAACUGUCGUGAAGAUGAUGAUAUAUGGGUGGAUACCCAUCGAUGCAUAUGUUGUAAAACACACACACACACACAUCUACUGUUUUAGGGCCAUUUUUUGUUCUUAUUAUAUCUGAUGAUCUAUCAAAUAGUGUAAGACUUUUUGCGGAUGACACUUCUUUGUAUGUUAUUGUUGAUGAUGGCAUAAUAGCAACAGCUAAUUCAUUAACAAAUGAUCUUGAGAAAAUAAAGCAAUGGUCUACAAAAUGGGUUGUGGAUUUUAAUCCACAAUUAAAAAACAAAACAAUCAAUCUAAAUGCCCAUAAGGAAACACAUAUCACUUCCUAAAGUUAGAUUUGGUUAUAAUGGUCCAGAAGUUAUGAAUGCAGAAAAUCACACCCAUUUAUAGGAUGAAAAUUUCGAUUUGAUGGCACUUGGAGAUCACAUAUAUUAGAUAUUCAUGAAAAGGCAUCUAAUAGACUAAACAUCUUACGUAUGCCGAAAUAUACUCUAAAUAGACAAUCUCUGAUAAAAAUUCAUUUUUUCUUUUAUUUGCUCUGUUAUUGAAUAUGGUAAUAAACAGAAUCCAAUUCAAUUGAGAAUGUUCAGGUUUCUGCAGUAAGAAUAAUUACUGGAAUGAGAGUAAAUUCUCCUAGGUCAGUACUAUAUGAUGAAUUAAGCUGGGGUAGCUUAUCAACCAGAAGAAAGGUCCAUAAGAUUAUUUUAUUUUACAAAAUAGCAUAUGGAAUUGCUCCCCAAUAUCUUCCAAGAACUUUUGAUGCCUUUCAUUCCUUUUCAAGAUUUAUAUGAAUCGAGAAAUUAUGAUAAUUUUAAAUGUAUUCUUCCUCAAGUUAGGACCUUAGCAUAUAUCAAUAGUUUUGUACCUUCAACAAUUAAACUAUGGAAUGACCUACCUGUCCAUAUUAGAAACCUCCCUACUCUUACAUAUUUUAAAACUGCUUUAAAAAUCAUGUACUACAAUAAAACAAAUAAACUGUUUAAUCAUGGUAAACGCAAUGCAGACAUGUUGUAAUGCCAAUUGAGAAGUAAUGCUAGUAAUUUAAAUUAUGACUUACAUAAUAAUAUCUACGAGAUUAUGCUACUUGUGAUGUUUGUGAUCAGGGUGACCACAAACAUCACAUAAUAAGCUGAAAAUAAUUAUUAUGUUUUCUUUGAAUGUGUUCAGAUUGCUCUUUUAGAGUCAAUAAAUGAAAUGCAACUACUAGUUCCCAUAUCAUUAUGAUAUUUGAAAAUCAAUACAUGUAUAUAUAAACAGUAUCUUCUCUACUCUGUUUGCGCAUAAUUUUUGUAUUUAAUUGUUCUUGUUUAUAUGUUCUCUAUGUUGUAUAAUUUUCAACUGAGAGAAAUAAAUUCAUUCAUUCAUCCACAA